UUCCUCUUGCUCUCUACAGCACAUGGUAUAAAAACCUUCAGACAGACACUUGGAUCAAAACACACACGUUAGUCACACAGUAAAAUCUUGGCAGACCACGAGGAUCACUGUAAGAAGAAUGAAGGUGGCCAUCGUUCUGGCUGUCCUGGUGUCCACUGUGGUCAGCACUGACCAGCUCUUUGGACAUCAGGAGAAACUCAGACAUGAGCGUUCGCUGGUGAAAUUUGGUGCCCUUUGCAGUGGAAACCCAACAAACCAAAAAAGAGGCUGUGAUGUUAAAGGAUGUGGAAAUUAUGGUGCAAAACGAGGAAGUAGGACACACAAGGGCCUUGAUAUCGUAUGCAAUGAUGGGGCCACAGUCUAUGCACCGUUUGAUGUGCAGCUGAAUGGCAAAGCUGUUCCGUAUGGCAGCCCAAGCGAUCUCCAGAAGCUCAUCAAUGAUGGCGUAAAUCUCAGUGGUGAAGGUCUGUGCUUCAAGCUGUUCUACGUGAAGCCUGACAAGUACCGUGGUUCGCUGAAGAAGGGCGACCGUAUCGGGAUACUGCACCCAAUGCAGAGAGUCUACCGCGGGAUCACCUCUCACACCCAUGUCCAGAUGUGUGACCGCUCUGACCCCACCAAGUAUUUCUGAAUUGAAUGCUGAUAGAGACAGCGUUCAGAAAUGUCCACCCAAUCUUUCCUUUGGCCUAUUAUGGCAGUCUCACUCAUCGUCAUUAAACCCCAUUUCUGUGACAGAUAUUGCUUAUAUUGGAUGGAUAACGAAGCAAAUAAGAUCAAAAGCUCUGAACUCAUUAGGCUCUUGAUAAUGGUCUAUAGAUCACAGUGAUAUUAAUUCAGUACAGCUUCAGCCAAAACGUCCAUUUAUCUGAAAACAGCAUUACUAAAGAAUGGCACAUUAAUUUAAUAAAAAAUAAAUUUCUACCCACUGCCUUCCUCCAUCUCCACAACUUCCCCAGUAUUGUUGGUUUUGACAAAACUGAUUUUUGCUGGUUUCACAUUCUGUUGUCUCCUGCUAAUAAAAAAUGCCACUGCA